UGUCUAUUUACCGUCUUUUAAUCAAACCGGAAGUGCAUCAAGUGACAACAAGGCAAAAUGACAACACAACCGACAGGAUAAAAUCAAACAUUACCAUCAAAAGAGAGGUUAUUGGCAGUCGAAUCAAAUCCAGCAUUGUAUAUUUUGUCCAACAAUGAAGUGCCAAAAAGUAGUUAUUGUGUUGUCUUUUGUUAUUGUGAUUUUUGUAUUGGAAGAUGGUUUGGUAAAAGCAAUGUCUCUGUCUGAAAAAAGGGAGUUAAAACUGAAGCUUAAAGAAAUGUUUUUCCAUGCUUAUAACUCUUACAUGGAGAAUGCCUAUCCUGCCGAUGAGUUGAUGCCAUUAAGUUGUAAAGGACGGUAUAGAGGAUCACAACCAAACAGAGGAGAUAUAGAUGAUAGCUUAGGAAAUUUUACAUUGACGCUAAUAGAUACUUUGGACACAUUAGCAGUAUUGGGCGAAGUAAAAGAGUUUGAUAAAGCUGUCAGAUUAGUUAUUUCUCAGGUGACCUUUGACACAGAUGUUGUUGUAUCUGUCUUUGAAACAAACAUUAGGGUUUUAGGGGGACUUUUAGGGGGACAUGUUUUAGCAACAUCUCUUAAGAAGAGAAGGAAAGGAAUGGAAUGGUAUACAGAUGAAUUGUUAUCAAUGGCUAAAGAUAUUGGUUACAGAUUAUUGCCAGCAUUUAAUACAUCCACUGGAAUUCCUUAUCCUAGAGUAAAUUUACGGCAUGGUAUUAGAGAUAUGAUAAAUAAAUAUAAAGAUACUUGUACAGCCUGUGCUGGAACCAUGGUUUUAGAAUUUGCUGCAUUGAGUAGACUAACAGGAGAACCAAUUUUUGAGGAGAAAGCACAUAAAGCCAUGGAUUAUUUAUGGGAGCAAAGACACAGAAGUAGUGAUCUUGUUGGAACAGUAAUUAAUAUACAUAAUGGGGAUUGGGUUAGGAGAGAAAGUGGAGUUGGUGCUGGGAUAGACUCGUACUAUGAAUAUGUAUUAAAGGCGUACAUAUUACUUGGUGAUGAUGAAUAUUUAGACAGAUUUAACAAGCAUUAUUCAGCAGUCAUGAAAUAUAUAAGCCAGGGACCAUUAUUGGUUGAUGUACAUAUGCACAAACCAGAAGCUUUAUCCAGACAUUUUAUGGACUCAUUACUGGCUUUCUGGCCAGGUCUUCAGGUUUUAAAGGGUGAUAUAAGACCAGCAAUACAGACACAUCAGAUGUUAUAUCAAGUUAUGCAAAAACAUAAUUUUUUACCAGAGGGAUUCACGUCUGACUUUAGAGUACACUGGGGAAAUCAUCCUCUUAGACCAGAAUUAAUAGAAUCUACAUAUUUUCUGUAUAAGGCAACUGGUGAUAAUCAUUAUUUAGAAGUUGGCAAGAAAAUGAUGGAGAAUUUGGAUGCUCAUGCACGAGUACCAUGUGGAUUUGCUGCCAUUAAAGAUGUAACUUCAGGAGCACAUGAAGACCAAUUGGAUUCUUAUGUCUUUGCUGAAACCUUUAAGUACUUAUACUUAUUGUUUGCAGAGAAAUCUGACCUGAUUAUAAAUGUCGAUGAUUAUUUAUUUACGACAGAAGCUCAUCUCCUUCCAUUAUCAUUAUCUGUAUAUAAUUACACAGCUAGAGUUCCCAAGAUCAGAAGAGAGGUAUAUGAAAGUUUAGAUAAUCUGUAUGAUGAAGAAGAGUUAUCAGCUACUAUAGAUAUCUCAGCCUUAAGAGUAGAAAAUACAUGUCAGAAUCCACAGUAUUUAGCCACAAAUCUAAUGAAUUAUGCCACUAAAGUUAGAGGAGAAAUGAAAGGAUGGAUGGAUAAAUCUGUACCAGUUCAAAGUUGUUCUUCAGGUCCUCGUCUGAAAGCUGCUGAUUUCAUUGCUGGCAAUAAAGCCCAGUUACAACAGUUACAUGACAUGGGUAUAAGGAUAGCUACAAUGGCUGAUGGCAGGAUACAACUUCUCCACUCAGCUGCUGAUGCUGCUUCUGUAGAAGAUGCCGAGAAUGGUAUGAAAUUUAUGCAGGAAAUGAUAGAAUUGUCUUCAAAGCAACCGCAAGAUGCUGCCCAUGAGCCUAUGGUAGUACAAGUUAUAACAGAACCUUAUUACGGAACUCUUUGGUUUAAAGCAGGUCCAGCGCAGUUUGGUUACAACUUAAAAACCAACCCUCCAGUGCAGGGACCUGUAGUAAAAGCUGAACCAUAUAAAGCAUGUACCCCGAUAGAAAAUGCUGCUGAAAUAAAGAACAAGAUAGCAGUGAUAGAAAGGGGUGAUUGUAUGUUCAAUGACAAGGCUAGAAAUUUACAAAAGGCUGGAGCUAUAGGAGGCAUUGUUAUAGAUCAUACUAAAGGCAGCACUGUCGAGGGUCAACUUUUGUUUGCUAUGUCUGGAGAUGGAACUCAAGAUGUUAAAAUUCCAAUUGUCUUCCUCUUUCACAAAGAAGGACAUCAACUGUUUGAAGUUUUAUUAGCCUUUCCAGAAACAGAGGUUCUUCUGGCUCAUACUCGUAAGAGUGAAGGCUACUUUAGACCAGAUGGAAGUGCUAGUGUCACAACUCAGCCUAAAUCGCCACCAACUUCUGCAAAAGGCCCAAGUCGUGUCGAGAAUGUUCCUAAAGUGACUGUGCGUGUUGUUGGUGAUAAAGUAACAAAGACAACUUUACAAGACGGAAAUGAUGAAACUAUUAUUUCUGACAGUUCAGGGAAUACAGUAUAUUACAAAUAUCAGGCAGGAACAAACAAAAUAUUAAUGAAUGUCAAGGUCAAUCCCAAGGACAAUAAGAAACCUGAAGUUCCUGUGGUAACAGAUGAUGAUGUGAUAGUGAUAACAACAAGGCCAGAUGGAUCAAAACAAUUAUCGUUUAACUUUGAUCAUAUCUCGGCUGCUGUGUCAGACUCAGUACCUCAGUUGAGUCAAAUUUAUCAAUAUAUUGUGGACAUUUUAAAAGAAAGAACAAAUUUUCAUUCUUUAGACAAUCAAGCAGACUACCUCACUGCUGUCGCUCGAAUUUUAGAGUCAGCAUAUUUUAAUACAGGUUCAUUUGACAGUCAGUCUCAGAAAAUGUUUGAUAAGUUAGCUAGUGUUUUAGAAUUAAAAAAGAAAGACACAGUUUCAAGUGAAGAGAAAUUCUCUACAGUAUUACAUGAUUCAAAAGAAACAACAGACAGUCUUCCUUCUUAUGCUUCAGAGGGAGAAUUAAACGGAGAGUUUGAAAACACAGAACAAUUCUCUGAGCGGGAAUCAGAGACUUCUAAUGAAGAAAAACCUGAGUCAAUAGCAAAUGUAAAAAUUAUAGAUAAAAAUGGUAAUAUAAAAUAUAUGAAAGUAGAAGAAUUUGAAGACUUUGCUCAAUUUACAAAUAUAGACGAUUAUGUAUCAAAUAAACGGACAGAGUCAAAUAAUGAAAAUGUUGAUAAUGAAAGUAAUGAAAAUUUAGGUGACACUGAUAAUAAUAAUAAUAAUAAUAAUAACAAAAAUGAGUUAUGAGAGUUGCUUAUUGGCAAGUAAUAAAGAAAUGGUAUUUUAGGGCUUUUUUCCAAUUCCAAGUGUUUUGGAUUUUUAAAAAAAAAGUAUCAUUUACUCUUCAGAAAUUAUAAAUGUAAUGCCAGUCAACAAAAAGUAAAAAUGCAUUUUUCUUACAACUUGAAAAUCUGGUUGUUGGAUAAAAUACAUUUGAUAUAGACUUUUUUUAGAUUGAUCUUCAGUAUUAGAUGUUAAAACAGUGAUGAUGCACUAACUACACGUCAAAUAAAUAUUCUUUUUGAAGAUCUGUAAGAAGUUGCCGUAAUUACAUGUAUAUGUCUACUUAAUUGAUUUUAGUGUUCUAUUCUUUUAUAAUAAUUAAUGGUUAUAGGUUUGUUUUAUGUGAACAAACAUGGCAUCCAUUGAUCCCACUGGGGAUCACAUCACAUUUAACAAAAAGCUGUAUAAAAAAAAAUUGAAAUAAGUAGUUCAAGGCCAGAACAAAAUAUUCCAAGAUCUUGUUUGAAUUAAAAAAAGAAUUGUAACCAUUUAAUUUAUUUAUAGAUAUUUCUGCUAGUAGAGAAUUGUUUUAAGGUUUAAUUUUUGUUUCUUGUAAAAGGCAAAAGCAGAGUUUGAAAAAUAAGUGUUUAGAUAUUAGAUGCUAUAAGAUUUUGGACAUAUAGUAGAAUAACAAAUUUUGCCACGUUAAUUUAGUUCUUUUAUGCCUAUUCAAGUGAAAUAGUUCUGUGAUUAAAAUCAUGAUAAUACUUAAUCAUAUCAAGUAUAUACACAUCAAGUAUCAUAAUGACCCUGAGUAUACAAAUUGAUAAGGUAAUCAAGUUGACCAGAGAGUAUGCAAAUUAAUUUAGUAAUCAAGCUGCCCUUGAGAGUUUGCAAAUUAAUCAAGUAAUUUAGGAAUAAAUGUGUUCAUUUCAUGUUAAUUAAUUCAGGAUAUAUAAUGUACUACAUAUUUACAGGUAUCUGAAAAGUAUUACUAUUUAUACUUUAUACGAUAAAUUAGGGCUGACAAAAAGAAACAAAUCUUUCCUAGAAACCAAAAGUUGUUUGUUUCUAUAUUGAUUUCCUAUUUGAAAUAUAUGUUGUCAAUGUGAUUUAUUUAAUUUAAGAUUCUCAUUUUAAGCAUUUAACUUUUAAGUGCUUACAUUUUUUUUUUGUAAAGAUGGUGCUUUUAUGUAAAUGAAGACUAAGCAUUAAUGUUGAACAAGAGAUGUAAACUUGGCUAUUUGUUAAAAACAUAAAAUCAAAACAAGCAAAGACAGGAGGGAUAGGAUCAUAAUUGUCUUUAGGGACUAAAGUGGAACUUUAUACACAUUUUCAAAAUAUUUUUUUUCAAUUUAAAUUAGAAGGUCUAAAUGGCCAGUUUUAUGAAUCACUUUGUCAUACUUAAACAUCAUACUUUAUUCACUAAGAAGCAACCACUGUCACAAAAACAAAAUACUGUAGUUUCAUAUAUCAGUGAUAGGAACUACUGUAUACAAGUUUUGAAGUUUGAAUUUUAAAUUAAUUGGUGCAUAGUUCUGAUCUCUUGUUUAACUUUGUAUGCUGGUAUUUAAGCCAAACUUUUAUUAAUACAUACAUCAUCUAGUCUUCCAUUGUAAUAUAUGUGUAGUAUUGUGUCACGUGUGUUUGCAUCGGCCAUUUGGUAAUGGUAUAAUCCAUUGGUAUUGAGGGAUAUUAUACCCAUACAACUUGAUCAAAAUUUAUCGUCUAGGAAAUAUCAUCUUUUCAUUGUAAUGUCAUUACUGUUUCAUUGGUUAAUGUAUUAUAUUUUCAAACUACAUUGUUAUGUUCAAAAUUUGUUAUUUUCUUUUUCAUUUACAUUUAUAUGUUUCAAUGCAGAUUUGGAGCCAGUUAAAAUUCUACUGAUGUAUUUGUCAGCGAUAGUUUUUGAAAUGAGCCCAACAUUGUGAGUUAUAUUGCUAUUUCAGUGUAAACAAAUUAAUUUCUGAGAAGUAGUUAUUUUCUUUACCUCCAAAUUUUGAAAGUAGAAAACUUACAUGAAUAUCAAUUAACGAAACUUGUGUUAUAAAAAUAUCUCAACUUGACAAACUCUUAUAGAAGGCUUAAUUAAAAAUAAGUUAGUUGAUAGUUUUAGGCUAACAAAAUAUUUUCGCAUCUCCUUUUGUUGUCAGAUAAUUUUUUAAAUAUCUAACUUUGUAUACAGACAAGGAUCUUAAUAGUGACAAAUCAAGGGAGAUAAUCUGAAAUUAGAAUUUACUCUGGAAACAUUUGCCACAAAUUUAAGUGUUCAACUUAGAACAGAUUUCCUAUUGGCUUGUCCAUAGACUUCGUCAAGACUUUGAAAUCAAGUUUCAAUGAAAAUACUGUAUAGUGCAAUCAAUGUAAAUGAAUGAAACCAUAGCUGUUUUUAACAUUUUUACAUACCGGUAUAUAUUCUACGACAGCUAACAUUUUCUUGUGUAAUGACAACUUUAAUUAGAAUUAAAAACAGGUCUUGUGCUAUUUAGGAAAGUUUGUAAAUGUUUUAGUUAAAUAUUUUAUUUCCAAGCAUGUAUAUCAUGUAUAUGUAACGUAAGGGUACCCAAAUUGCACCGAGUACCCAAAUUGCACCUAUUUAGAAAAAAAUAGCAACAAAAAUCGUACAAGAUUUCCUAGAGACUAAACAAUUUGUAUUUUUAUGAUUUGAUACUAUGCACGUCUUUCAACAUAGGUAAACAUAUUUAGAUAUACACAAAACGUUCAUAGUUUUUAUCAACAGAUGGACUGUUUACUGAAAAAGCAAAAUGUACGAAAACGUCACCAUGCGACGUCAUCAAAACGUCAUCUUUUUAAAAUUAGCAAAUACAAUAUAUUAUAAGUAUCCAUUUCGUAAAAUAUGAAGAGUAAGCAUGGAAAAAUAUCCAAUUGUUCAAAAUAUUUGAAGAAAUUAAACAAAAGCCCAGUUAUUAGACUUUUGACGAUGUGAAUCUAAGCAUGGAUGCAAUUUGGGUACUCCUCAUUACAGAAUCAUGGAUAGUUUGGAGGUUGAUUCAAACCCAUUUUUCAAUGACUCAAUAUGGAUUAAAAUGCAAAUCGGUGUACCUAUACAAUCAAGAAGGAUAGGGCUACAAAAUAAACACAGUAUAGACAUUUUUUUCUUGAUCAUAAAAAAACGUAGGUGAAAAAACUGUCAAAAUAGGUGCAAUUUGGGUACCGUCACGUUAUAUGGCUCUAUUUGACAUUUGUAAGAGAGUGCCAUAAUUUUAUCCUUAAGGUAUUCACCAUUCCCUUUCUCAAUUUUAUUAUACAGCGAUUUGCAAUUUGCAAUUAACCAAUUAUGUCAUUAAGCACUAUUAUCUUUUAAUAAGAAUAUUUUCGAUAGUAAACUUGAAUUAUAACAUGUGUAAAUAUUCAUGUUUAUUAAAUUUUGUUGAAACAUAAAAGAAUAAUGAAGGUGGUUAAGAACCUCCACCCUUAGAAACCAAUUUUAUUUAAGUAAGUUCCCUAACUUCAACACCCCAGGAUCAAGUGGAAAAAAGUAUAACACAAUGUUAUGUUUAAAUGUUUGUUAUGAUAGGACUAAUAUCAAAAUUGGCAUGACAACCAAUUAGCAUUCAAUUUUUGUCAUUUUCGUAAUAAAAUAUGCGAUAAAUAAAAUAUACUGUGUUCAAUUAUCAUUCCUCUAGAAGUGUUCUAUGCCUUUGUUGUUUUAGGUUUUUAGUUAUGUUUAAACAUAUCAUAUGAUAUCAUGAUGUAAAGCCUAAUUAUGAUAUCAUGAUUCAUAGCCUUGAUUUUUAGUUUUUUUGUUGUUUUGUUGUUGUUAUUAUAUUUAUUAUGUUUUACAAUGCCACAUAUUUUGUGGUUUUAUGUACAAUGUAUUACGAUAUAAGUCCACCAUCAUGUAAUAUUUCAGAAAAGUUAUGAAUGUUUUUGUUAAUUUCAAACUCAUCAAUGGCAGAAACCGUGUUUGUUUUAUAAUUAUUAGCUCUGAGAAAGAAAUAACUGGUUGAAUUCAGAAAAAAAGGUACUUUUUUAGGUUCAUUUCAUCAAUUACAGUGAAAUCUUGUCUAAAUCAACCCCUUUGAAAAUGCCCCUCUUACUGAACUUUAAUAUGAACUUAGAAAUUUAUUUUCAAACAUUUUUCAGUCCACAUUGAUAGCAUGUAUUCCUCUUCUUUUUAGGUUUUGAUGGAAUGGUGUAAAUUUUGGCGGAAUGGAUGUAAAUUUGGUCAAUAUGAGAGUUUGGAAAUAUCUUAAUCAUACUAAAGCAUUACAAAACACACAUUGAUUGGUUGUUAACUUAUUAAUGUAAUAGAUGAAUUUAGACUAAAAAUGUAAAAAAAAAAAUGCAAAAAAAUGUUAAAAUCUGGAUAUUUUCUGGAUAUUUUCUUGAUUUGAUAUGUCUCCAAACAAACAUAUUAAGUUUGUGUAAACUGACCACCCAUUUAAUCAACUAAAUUCCAGAUCCUAUAGAGGCUUGGUUUAGACAGGUUUAUCUUAUUUCAUUUGUAAUUCUUGGGGAAUUUUUGGCUUAUUUUUUAUUUGACUCACAUGCAGCCAAACAGAAGGUGUAGAUUCAGAAAUUGUUUCUGAUUAACAAUUUGUGUAUUGUUUUAUAAUAAUGUGAUUUUUUUCUAUUCUUUUUCUUACUGUUCCCACCCCUCAAAAUGAAAAUUUGAAAAUGAAGAAGUUGAACCAGCUUUGAGAAAUUGAACUGUAUAAACUGUACAUGUAUUAGUGACUUUUCUUACUUAAAAUCAAUUCUGUAAUUUUAUUAUUUAGAUAAAAAUAAAAUUAUUUUAAUAUCAAAUUACAAUAAUAGGGGUCAGAUGAACCUAAAAAGUUGAUGAUGAAGCAAGCUGUUUUAACUAAUCAAUACCUUGUUUAACCAAAUCUUGAUAAAAAUACAAAUGAACUGACAUCUUACAAGAAAAUUAACUAACACAUAUACGGUUUAUAUAACGAUAUUUCAAUGUUUGCUUCUUCAAAAGCUUGAAUUCACCCACCCACGUAUUAACAUUGGAAGAAAAAACCUGCCAAAUAUUGAGUUGAUCUCUAAUCCAAUAUGAUGAGUUAUUUUCUAAGAACAAUAAAUCCUUGAAUGGUGCUUUCAUGGCUGUCCCAUUUUUGUAGAAUCAUUUUUAUAAUAAAAUUACA